AUGCGUUUCGCUCUCUCUACCAUCGCCGCCGUCGGUACCCUCAGCAGCCUCGUCGCAGCUGACAACAUCUACACCUACACCAAGCCCGGAUGCUCCGGAUGCGCCUUCUUCUUCAAGGACAUCGACCACAACAUCUGCGCCGUGUCCAUCACAGCAAACGCAACUGACAUUGCCGAUGCCAUCGCCAAGGGCGUAACCACCGUCCAGUCCGGCAAGCUCGAAGUACAAGAAUGUGGCGAGAAGCGAUUCAUUGCCUGGGACGAGGGCCCCGAGUCCAACGACGAUGGCCUGCUCCAGUGCGGUAAUAUCGACCAGAAGCUUCGCAUCACUGAGACUUCGACUUGCAUCACUGGUGGCAACUUCCACGGUUUCAGCUGGACCGAGCCUGGUUCGGACGGCAGCGACUCUAACUCCAAGAGGCAGACUGAUGACGCUGAUGAUGUUUGGAAGUGCACCGGUUCCACUCAGCCCGACGGUGUGUACCUCGGUGGAAAGCACUACCAGGUCAAGGGAAUCGACCAGGCGGAUGCGGACGCGUUGAUGGAUAUGGCUUGGAACGACAACACAGAUGUUCCCUCUGACUUUGAGAAGUACGCCUUCACUCCUGGCAUGUAG